AUUUCCAUCCCCCCACGCCUUAUCCAUUUUGAUUCACAGUACCUUCUCCUCCACUUCCAUGUUUUUCCCGAUCUUUCGGCAACCUCUUAUGUUGAAUUCAUACGUAGACACAACGACAAUCUCCAUUCCGACUACGUCCAAAGCUCCAUCUCUGCCUCCACUACAUUUUCUUUCUCCAUAGAAGCUAGGGUCGUCGUUUCCUUUUGAAAAACAAAGAUGUGCCUCUAUCAAUCGCCUUACCCAUUCAGAGUUCUUUCCCAAUACUUCGGCUACCUGCAAUUAAUCCCCUCCAACCGUCUCCUCCACCCCUCCCGUCUCUCCCCAAUCCCUAUUCUCCCCCAAUCCCCUCUCUUCAUGCCUCCACAUAGCAGCCAUUGCACGCCGCCGUCGACACACCGUCAUCGUCCACUUCCACCAUCGCCGGCCAAUCCAGCCAAGCCCCUUCCUCACGACUUCUCUCUCUCUCUCUCUCUCUCUCUCUCUCUCUCUCUCUCUCCCGAAGAUCUCCCUUUCUCCUCUCCCUCGAAUUAUCUUCUCCCAUCCCUCGAAAUCUUUUCUCCCUCGGAUUCCUAGUGCCACUGCGUCCGUAGCCGUCGCACUACCUCCAGCUACCAGCGUAGCUAACCCCCACCCACCCCCCAAAGGUCCCCAGCCCCUCCACCGAAGCUCUCCCUCUCUCUCACCAUCAAUCUACUCUCCCCCUCACAGAUCCAACUUAAGCACCCGAAAUAGGUAAUGCCAGUGACAAAGUCCAACAUGGGUAUGCAGAGCAGCUCCAGGGUGUCUUUAAAUUUUAACAUUGUGCUUUGGUUACAAGCUGUGCAUAGUGGUGGGAAAAUAGAUUUGAAGGGCCUUUAUUCCGGAUUGAUUGGAAAUCUUGCCGGUGUCUUACUGUUUUCUAAAUCCAGUAGCUCUAUGCAUGUAUUGCUGGGAGGAAGGCAGAUGGGAAGUAUAGAAAAAGGGUUGUCUCUCAUAUUCUUCUCUUACCUAUGUAUUUGUUCAACUUCAUCCCCUCUUCAAAAGGUCUUGCUUUCUUUAGGCAUCGGACCAUACGGAUGUUCUGACCUCAUGCAAAAGAUUAGAAGAGUAAUUGAUCAGUGGGGUCGUACGACCAUUCAAGCUUGGGCUGAGUAGCAGUAACGUCAGUUUUCUCUCUAUACGGAUGUUAGCCACCUUUCUCGAUCAAAAGUGAAAUGUAGAACUAUGGGUACCAAUGUCGAUAAAAAGUCUCACUUAAAUAGACGUGUGGAACUUGGUAGUAGUUAUUUUAGUGAUAGUAGAGUCUUCAAAUCUAUUAUAAUAGUGAUGUUUAUCUAUUAUUUAAUUAGUACUUGAUAUGAUCAGUAUAAUGCACCACACAGUGUAUAAAUAUAUAUGAGCUUGGUUGAAUUGACGUUUGAAGAAAUUAUUGAAUUGGAUUGAAUGGUCUCA